AUGUUGGGGGCAAAUAAAUUUGCGCUCUGGGUACUGACAGGUCUGUUUGCUGUCACCACUGUCUUCUUCAAUGCGUAUAUCUUCUUGAGAAGUCUGUUGAACUAUAAGCAGAAGAAGCAGUGGAGUCCCAGUGAGACCAUCAUCGUGGCUCUGUUGGUGGCCGACAUGGCUCACCAGCUGGUCUGUUACUUCUGGAUGACCAUGGACGAGGUGGACAGCAAGUGUCGCAUGGCUCAGAUGCCUUACACCAUCAUGCUACUGAUUAUCUCCAGCCUCAAGUUCACCAUCAUGUGGGACACCGGCUUCCUCACUUUCUACUACAGCACCAAGCUGGUGAGCACACCCAACCACUGCUACACACGAACCCAGGCCGCCAUCCUCAAGCACGUGACCUUAACGGUUUUUCUCAUCCCCCUGUGCGGCCUGGGCACCUGCAUGCCGAUGCUUGUGGUGUUUCACACUGACAACAACACCAUCGGCAACAAAGAUUGUGGGGUUUUGAUGCCCGACACCCCCUCUGGCCAGAUUUAUGAAAUCAUUUAUCUGCUCCUCGCUGAUGUACUGCCAGGGCUGCUCAUGGCGAAAUGCUGCAUCUCCAUCUCCGUCCACCUGGCCAUCCACCUCCGUCACAUGAAAGCCAGCACCAACGGAGCUCACACCCCAAAGCUGGGCUCUCAGAUGAGGGUGAUUCAGAUGGCUCUAUCCUUGGUGGCCACCUUCACUGUCUUCCUCGUGGUCGACCUGUACGUGAACUACCAGAUGGCCGUGAACCAUGAGAACGUCAUCACGCUCACCUUCUUCUUCACGGCCAUGUACACAACUGUCACCGCCGUGGUGCUGAUCUAUGGGAAAAAGAGUCUCUGGAAAGCUCUGAUGCACGAUGUUAAUGUCUGCCUGGAUGAGUAUCCGCGUUUGUCUUGUCUGAAGGUGCCUGAACGAAACGCCAAACCCAGCACUCCUGCAAAAGUAAAAAAGUGA